GUCUACGCUCCCUCUCUGUGUGUGUGUGUCUCUCUCUCUCUCCCUCCCUCUCUCACACACACGCAAACGCACAGAAGACACUCAGUAUCAGUAGCUCAUGUAGAACCACGUAGCAGCAGCUUUGGAUUUUAAACCAGAAAACACCAGCAGCGGACACAGGAGCAGAACCAGGAGCGGGCAUGGAUCUGUUUGAAUUCGACUUUUUCAGGGACUGGGAGCUUGAACAACCAUGUCAUCUGGAGUCAGAGCGCAGCGUCCUGAAGAGGAGAGAGUGGGAGAGGAGGAAUCAGGAGGUCCAACAGGAUGAAGACCUGUUCUCAACUGGAUUCAACCUGUUUGGAGAACCUUAUAAAACUAACAAAGGUGAUGCAUUGGCCAGCCGCGUCCAGAACACGCUGGGCUCCUACGAAGAAAUGAAAGACCUGUUAACCAGCCAUUCCAACCAGAGCCACUUGGUGGGUAUCCCCAAAAACAGCAGUAUGAACAACAACCUGCAAACCCCGACCACUUCAGCGACAGAAAGACCCACCAUGGACUCUCAGCUUUUCAAUGAAACUUUAAGAGGAGGAGUAGGUGGUGGAGGAGGAGGAGGAGUAGAGGCUGGUGGGGAUAAAAGGAUGGGGAACUCAACUUCUUCAUCUUUAACCUCCAUGCAACCUCCUGCUACGACCACGUCAUCAUCAAGCACAUCAACAAACCCACAUCAGAAUUCAAAGAAGUCCCGAAACUCCAUGGACUGGUCUAGGGGAGGCCACGGACAGAGCUCCCAAGGAACAGGCCUUGUUUUGGGGUUAGGACAUAGUGGCCAGGGUCAGGCUACAGGAUCCACCGGUGGCAGAGGAAAAAUAUCUUUAUUAGAAGAACAACAAAUGCAAAGACACGAAGAACUGUUCAGCUCACUAAAAGAUGAACUAGGUCUGAAAGGGGAUUCAAGCCCUUGUUCUUCCUCAUCGUCUUCUUCAUCCUCUUCAUCUUCUUCGAGAAGGCACUCUUCCCACCCAGCCAAAGCCCUUCCUCUCCCAGAUGGUGGCAAUUUUCGAUCUUCCACCAUGGACGGUGGCCACUUUAAGUCUUCCACUAACACAGAAGCCGGGGGACAUUUUAAAUCCUCCCCAUUUGAAAAUGAAACAGGUUCUCACUUCUCGAUGUCCUCGUCCCCGCUGGCUUCCACAUCGGUUGUGACGACCCCCACUCCUGGUCUGACCACUCCCACAUCCGGACUAACUACCCCCACCUUCCCUCCUGGUAGCCUAUCAGGGAAGCCGGUCGCAGUUCAGCAGAAGCCCACAGCGUACGUUCGACCAAUGGACGGCCAGGACCAGGCGCCUAGUGACUCUCCCCAGCUUAAACCCCCUCUAGUGGCCACGGAAGGAUUUAACAGCAGUCAGGCUUACGGAGGAAACUCUGGAAAUGUGAAGAGUAAACUGCCAAAACUGACUCUGAGCCACACAGGGGAGGUCAGCCUUCCAAAUGACUCCAGCUGUGUUGAAGAGAUUUUGCGGGAGAUGACACAUUCCUGGCCUCCUCCUCUCACAGCCAUACACACUCCUGGGAAGGCUGAUCAGACAAAGUUCCCGAUCCCAAACAAGGAGCCACAGCAUGUGACCUCAGGCUACAACACCCAGAAGCGAUGUAGUGUAUCAGCUAACAAGCCUGCUGCUAAACCACCAACUGCACCACAGAAGUCGAUGCUGGAGGAUGACCUGAAGAUCAGCAGCGACGAGGAAGAGGCCGAACAACAGGUGUCUGACAAGCCCAAAGCCAGAGGCACAGCCCUGAGUGGUGCCUCAGGAAACAGCAGCAGUGAAUCAGAGAGCAGCUCGGAGUCGGACACAGACGAAUCAGGGAGCAGCUCCAGUGACAGCGAAUACAACCGGGCCUCACGCACACACACACCAGAGCCCGAGCCCCCGUCCACCAACAAGUGGCAGCUGGACAGCUGGUUGAACAAAGUCCAAGCUCAAACCAAACCUCUGGCUCCCCCUCAGCCAGAACAUCAUGGCACAGGCUCCGUCAACCAGGGUCCAGGGGGUGAAGCACCAGGAGUGGGUACAGCUGCAAAGGCCAAGCCCUGUGGAUCCAUCAGCACCCCGGUUCAAGCUGCACCAACAGUGGAGCACAAGGAUACGAGAGGAGCCUUCUGCCCGGGCAGAGAGAAGGCCAAGGCCAAGCUCAGCCAGAAGGCCUCAGGAGAGGGCCAGAGGUCCAAGAUGAGGCUGUCACCGGCCCUGCUGUCUGGACCAGAGGUCACGACCCCGAGGAGGAACACCACAGGAAAAAAACAGCCCCGACGGACAGAGAGGUCAAACAGUGCAGAGGAUAAUCAGAGCCAGACAUGGAGCAGAGCAAACCAGCACAGCAGCCCUGCAGCGAGAGAGAAGGACCUGUUGCCGUCCCCCUCCCUGGAGAACCAGAACCCCCCAAGGCCGCGCGGCAAACCCCCCAGUGGGAAAACUGCCCCCAGGAAAGAGCCUCGCGGUGGUGCCAACUCCAACAACAACACAGUGACUCCACCAGCAGUGCCACAGCAAACACCUGUGCCAAUACCUGCCGUCAGUGUAAACCAGGAUAAGAGGAAACACCGAGGGCCCAGCACCAAAAUCACACCCAAGUCCCGGGAAUUUAUCGAAACAGAUUCCUCCUCCUCCUCCUCAGAAUGCCAUUCAGAAUCGGAGGAAGCCCUGAAAGCCCCCGCUCUGCCGCAGACCACACGCCCUGCCAUUAACACGCAGACUCUGUCCAGCACGCACAUGCACACGCCUCUCCUCCCAUGCCUUGGCCCUGCCAACAGUUUGAUGAGUCUGGGGACAUUUGGAGGGAAAGGGCUGCGAGUCAAAGACAGUAGCAAUGUGACCACUAAUGGUAGCAGCAGUAGUAAUAGUAGCAUCAGCAGUGGAAACAAUGGCAGCAGUAAUAGCUGUAACUCGCUAAGCAUUAGCAACAUAAGUGGUUCCUUUGGUCCUUCUGUUCCUGAUCCUGGAGGGUUAGGAGGACAGUGUAAGGACCUGGAGUCCAUGUCACCACCUUCCAACACGGGGCACGAGGUGCCACUGUCCCCCCUUAGGGAGUACCAGGAGAUCCAGAGUUUAUGGGUGAAAAUCGAGCUAGGUUUGCUCAGCAGGGUGCCCGGCGGCCAGGGCUCGGGGGAAAGACCCCGGGUGGGACUCAAAGAAAGGGACGUGAGUCAGGGGAGGGACAGGGACAGGCAGGGGGAGAGGACAGGUGUGCCAGAGAGAGAGAGACAGAAGCAGGAAGAAAGAGAGUGGCCAGGCCUGAGAGAAAGACAGAGGGUAACUAAAGGGGAGAGACAGGAGGACGAAAGUGAGCGAUUGGCGCAGGACAGAGAGAGGCAAGGUGACAAAGACAGAUUAACAGAGAGAGAGAGGCAGACGGAUAGAGAGGACAGAGAAAGAUUAGGGCUGGGGGAGAGGGAAAGGACGACUGCGAGGGACAGAGAGAAGGCAUGCCUGGGUCUGGGGGUCCUGGACAACCCCCCUGUGCAAGAGCAGAGUAAUCCCCGGCUGGCUGGGAGGACAGAGAGAGGAGAGAACGAAGGUAAACACAGGAGACAAGCAGUUGGGAGCACGAUGGUCCCAGCAGAGAAACACAGCAGCAAGAACAAAAGGAAACACAAGUCUGACCACACUGAGUCAUCAGUCAACGGAAACAAGAAGCUGCGACUGGACAAAGACUGUCAGCUCCUCCCACCCUGCAUCUCUCCAAUACACAACCACAAGAACAGCUCGACAGAAAUUUCUCUGAACAGGAAGCAGUCUCGGCGGCGCAACGAGAAGCUGCUUCCUCCCCUCCUGUCGCCCCUCUCGGACGAUCCCCCACGUAAACGAACCUGCGACAGCAGUUCCUCUCUCAGCCAGGAGGUCGGCGCCUCGGGGAUUCUGCCCUGCUCCACGACAUCCACCUCCUCCUCCUCCUCCUCCUCAUCUCACAGGCACAGGAGAGGUGAAGGCAAGGUGUCGUCACAUACGAGAAAUGGCAGCAUUCCAAUGCCAUGUCUACAACAGGAAAUGGAUCCCCCGAGCGAGAAGCCCUGUGGAGAUGGUUACCAUGCCAACGGUCAGUCGGACUCGGAGGUGUGGUCUGAACCACUGACGGAAGCUGCAGAGCCUCGCAGGCCAAGGCUGUCGUUCAGUGACGUAGUCCACAGUGCAGACUAUUACAUGCAGGAGGCAAAGAGGCUGAAGCACAAAGCUGAUGCUCUGAUGGAUAAAUUUGGUAAAGCAGUGAACUACGCGGACGGCGCCCUCUCCUUCAUAGAGUGUGGAAAUGCUAUGGAGCGAGAUCCACUAGAGGCUAAAUCACCUUAUACCAUGUACUCGGAAACUGUGGAGCUCAUCAGGUACGCCAUGAGGUUGAAGAACUUCAGCAGCCGUUCAGCUACAGUUGCUGAGAAGAAACUCGCCGUGUUGUGUAACCGCUGUCUGUCUCUGCUGUAUCUGAGGAUGUUCCAUCUGAAGAAAGACCACGCUGUCAAGUACUCGCGGUCGCUCAUGGAGUACUUCAAGAAUUCAGCCAAGAGUUCCCACCAAGCACCUUCUCCGUGGAGGACCAAUGGAAAGGUCAAUGGGACUCCGUCUCCACUCUCACUCAGCCCGUCCCCAGCCAGCAGCGGAGGGGGAGGGGGAGGAUCUGGAAGUGCCCCAAGUUCAUUGGGCAGUGUGGCUAUUCCCCAACGGAUUCACCACAUGGCUGCCAGUCAUGUUAACAUCACCAACAACAUCCUGCGGAGCUAUGAACACUGGGAGACGGCUGACAGACUGGCCACUGAUAGCCAAGAUUUCUUCCAGGAGCUGGACACGGUCAUGGAGCCACUGAGUCAGCAGAGCAGCAUGACUGAGCUGGUCCGAUACAUCAGGCAGGGACUGCACUGGCUCCGCAUAGAGGCUCGCCUGCUGUAGACAUGCAACAGGGACUACAUUACAGAGGGGGGGGGGAAACAAGAAAAGAAAUGGGCCUACCAGAGAGAACUGGGAUAACAAGUGAGAUGAGACUCAGGACGCUGCUUCAAUUCCCACUGGGAUUCUUCAAGUGACCACGGUAAUGUAACAGCACAGACUGGGUGGAUUAAUUAGGCUGGAUUCCACCUGCAGUUUGGACUGAGCAGUAACUAGGAUCAGGAAUUUCCACUGUGGAUCACAGAAUACAAAAUGCAUCCUUUAAAAUGUUUAUUUCUGUUUUGGGAGAGAAUAAUAUAUCAGUGAAAGGAGCGUAUAUUCCUAUAGGAACAAUGAGUGUUACAGAUUCCCGUGUCCCUGAAGAGAAGAAAGAACCAGAGAGAAAAGAAAGAGGAAAAAGUGUUUUUACGACGACAGGAUCAUUUAAAAAGAUGUGCGAGAGGCUGAUGUGAUUAAAGUAAGAAAGCGGCUCAACAGGGGCUCAGCUCCUGCAGCAGUGGCCUAGAAACGCUCCCGUGACAGAGUCUACAAUUAAAGUCUCUGGCUGCAAUCGAUCCAGGUGUGAAAGUACCGGUCCAAUCUUUUAGAUAAGAACCACGCUGGUGGAGGAAAGAGGCUCAGGUUCAGCCACUAGAGCUGAAUUAAUGGAGGCUGAAGUCGGUCAUCAACUUCCUUUUCAGUCCAUCUUCAGUGUUUAGUGGCAGAUCCUCUAAAAACCUUUGGGGACUUAACUUAAUCAGACACAGGGAUACUAAAUGGCUUUGGAAGAGUGAGGUUAACAGGUUAGUCACAUUUCAGUUUUCAAGAUGAAUUCCGUAUCCAACUCAGUGUUUGAUUGGUUAACCAUCAAUUGAUCUUGUUGUGUAUUAGUUUGCGUUGUGUGUGGUGGGGUUUGUCACACCUGCACUGGUUUCAAAUGGCGUCCACGUGCACAGGCAUUUACAGGAAACCAAGCACAUCCUGGGCAAACUUUGGAAAAAAAAUGUUCGUCUACCGCCAGUAACCACAGGUGUUGACAAAUCAACCAAGACAAAAAUAUUUUUGGUUGUAAUCUGGAUUCACAAUUCUGGAUUAUUUAAUAAUUUAUUUAUUUGCCUUUGCCUAAGUAUUCAUAUUUUUAGUUAUUGUUUGAAAAUAUUUUAUAUUUAAUCUAUUUAUAAUUAUGAUACCUGAUACUGGUAGGUGGUAACUAGUAAGUACCAUACAAAACAGUUGAUAAAGAAAUAUGAAUAUCUUUUUCAGGAAAACACUGUUUUUAAACAAAAAAGGUCAAAGGUGUCAAAUGUGUCACAUAAGACAUUUUAUUUCAUAAAUGAAUAAGUCUAAAAAAUAUAUAUUUAGGAAUUUGACCAAGUUUUUGGUACGAACACAUUACAACUGCUGAGGCUUGUUACGUCGCCCCGCCCUUUAUUCUAGAUGUCUCUGUGGUUUAGGGCUGUGACACUAACAUUUUAAUACAUCUACCAGUAUGUUUAUCCAGGUGUAUGUUUAUUUAGUUUAUCCAUUAGCUAUGAAGCGACUCUUCCUGUAUCCUAUUUGACCCCGAGCCAUGGAAGCUCUCGUCUGUCAAAGCCUCUCUGUAUAAUUGAAUGGGGUUAACCUCCACCUGAAGAUGUGUGAGGCUGGAGAGAGGAUCACAGGACCUGGUCAAGCACAGUCCAGGCAGAUAAUAGCUCCGCAGAACAAGCACUCACUUCAGCCGCCUGGUUCUUCUCUCACUAGUUAUGGGCUUUUGUGAAAACUCCAACCAGCUCUUGUUCCCAUAGUAACCCACCCACUACAGUGUCAAACACUGAGGGGGAAAAACUACAAGAAUCGGAGUGAUUUGCCUCUAAUUAGAACCCCAGUCAUGUGCAAAUCAAGUAAACAGGGUGAAAAUCUCACAGCAGCUUUUCUGCCCUGAUGUUUAAAGAAGACGUUCUUAAUGAGAUCAAAUCAUCCGCCUGACGUCCUGUAGUCGUUUCCCCGCAUGUGUCGUGUUGUGUUGUUAGUGUGUAUACAUGUACAGCUGAUUGUCAGGUGUAUUUAAGUCAUUACCUGACUGGACAAUAAUGAUGUGUGUGUAUCAUAAUGUACAGACUGUGAUUCCUGAAAACAGUGUCUGUUCUUGUUUUAUAGUGUCUUGUGAAUGAUUUCAUGUGAAUGAAUGAGGACGCGAAACAAGACAAUAGGGUGUGUGCGCGUUUGUGUGUGCGUGUGUUUGUGUGUGUGUGUGUGUGUCCAUGCACAGGCUAUGGCUGCAUUUACACAGCACCAAACACAAUCAGAUUUUUAACUCUCAGUGGCACAUGAAAUCAAAAGGCGACCACAUGUUUCCAUGUGGUUUCUCUUCUGUGUUCACAUGUGCUUUAAAAUCUGGAUUUUUUUUAUUGGUCUCUGUAAAUCCAGCACAUCAAGCAUGAGUUUUUAAGUUUUGGAUCAUUUGACCAUCGCUGAAUGUGUAUGGAAGACAAUGCGGAUGUGAAAAGCAAUUUUCACUUUGACAAAAAAAAAAGAAAAGAAACUCAAGUGCCUCUAUUUGUGUCCAGUGGGAAUUGCUCUAUUUAUUUAUGAACAAAGAAUGAAUCUAAAUGAUUUUCCAUACCAUAUUGGUAUAAAUAUGAGAUUGUUUUUCGUAAAAUCAAAUGUUUCCAUAAGCUUUUUACUGGCGUUUAUGACGACACCAGGGUUUGGCUUUAAGAACAAUGUGUGGUUUAACGUGUCAAAUUUGCAUCACUUGCCGUUUUAUUUUUCUCUUGAGGAUUUGAGCAAGUAUGGGUUUGUGUUAAAUGCCUGAAGAGUUCAAACCAUCGCAUGCAAUAAACGAUAGCUUCAGACCAAGAACUACUUGUGUCCAUAUUGAAAAAGAAGAAGAAAAAAAACAGUCAGUGUAUUUCUUGUCACAUACAGUGUGAAUGUGCGACGUCACCUGAGGAUACAGUGCCGCUCUAAAUGCACAACAUGAAACAUAAGAGUCUGAAGGAGGUAACAACAUUCAAGAAUAGCAUGUAGAAUAACAGUCGGACAUUGAUUUGCUAUUUAUUUUGCUUUCUUGCAGAGUUAGAUGAGAAGACUGAUACCACUCUCAUGAGUGUGCUAAACAUGUAGCUUAGCACAAAGACUGGAAACAGGGGGAAACUGUUAGCCUUAGUUUUUUAAGAAACGAAUCAUCUCUUUAUGCAGACAAAAGAUUUUUCAUAUGUGACUGGAUAUUUUUGUAUAAAGUGUAAAAUGCCUUCAUUAUGAAAACUUUGCCCAAUAUACACACAAAGGUUUGUUUCAUCCAAAAAGGAUAAAAGCUACGAGUCUCAUCUCCGACAGAUUGUUAGGGAUAUUUAAUGGGGACAAAAUUGAGAAUAAAAUUGUUACCUGAUGAGAAUAAAUCAGAAUUUUUAUAAUAGUAAAGUUUUAAUUUUACAGGUAUAAAGUUGUAAUAUUGCAUGGAAGUAUUUGUAAUAUGAGAAAAAGGUUUUAAUCCUACAGAAGUAUCUUGUGAAGUUACACUUUAAUAUGGGUUUCACAAAUAAUGAAAUACUUUUUAGCUGAAGAUUUGGAUCCAGGAGUAGAUCUCCUAUGCUGAUUUCAAGAUCUUUUUUACUUGAAAUCUUGUAACCUUUUUCCGGUUAAAUGACUUAAUAAUGUUAUGACUUAAUUUUCAUAACAUUACAACUUUCUUAUCAAUAAUAUUAUGACUUUCUUUUAAAUUAUGACUUAAUUCUCAUAAAAUCAAAACUUUUUUAAUGAUAUUUGUUCUUGUAAUAUUGGGACAUUAUUCAGAAAAUCUCAGAUACAGCCCUAAUACGCUGUGGUUCCCAUUAACUUGUCACAUGAGACUAAGCUCUUUCUAGUUCCAUAACUAAUUUGCUUCAUAAUUAAUUUGUCAUUACAUGUAAAAAUGGCUGUGUAGAGGAAUUGCGAGCGGCUUCUGAAUUUAAUGCAUAGUCAGGAGAUGUGCUCCAGUAGCUGAAAAUCACUGAUCUGACACCAACUGCAAACACAACAAUUAUCCAAAACAACACGGGGAGGCAAGCGAUGAAUCAUGAUUAGAAAAUACAUGGCAUGUGUCCCGACCAGUCACACUACAGGUGUCAGGGAGAGCAGAUACAGUCAGCUGCGAUUACCUCCGCAUUUAGAAUUCAUCACAUUAAAGUUUAAUUAGACUUGAGCUUUUCAUCAUUUAUUUAAUCUUUGGUAAUAUCAAAGGUUAUCUAUCAGUUUUUCAAACUCAAGAUCUUCUUACCAGGUCUCUUUUGGACGAGCUAAUCCUUCCACUGCCCCCCCCCCCCCCCCCCCGUCACUUGAACGCUGUCUAACAGUAAUAUUUAGCAGUAGUGGUGCUGGUAGAAACUCUUUCCCCCUGUUUCCAGUGCCAAACUAAACGAACCAGCCACCGGCUGUAGCUUCCUAUUCAUCACACAAACAUAGGAGUAGAAAUAUUUCCACAAAUGUCAAACAGCUUCUUUGGAAUGGACUCUGAAAUAGUUCUUCAUCUGAAAGCCUGAAAAUAAAUAUGAGCUACUUUGACAAAAAUGCCUUUCAAAGUUCUAUAUUUAUUUUAAUUUGAAGUCAUAAAGCCAAAUUAGCAUUUUCCCAAUGAGCCAACGAACAAACAAACCCCACAGUGUGUUUCUGUCGGACCUCAGUCGUCGAUCCACAGUGUUGCUCGCUCAAUCCAAUGAUGUUCGAUGUUGUUUUGUUUUAUAGUGAAACAGUGAUGUUACUAUAUGGUUAUUGUUAAUUUCACACAAUGCUCCUGAUUUUUUAUUACAAGCAGCGGUAUAAUAUACAUGAUCAUACAAUGAUGUGCUGUAAAAAAAGUCUAAAGACAUUGGUGACGUCGUGGGAAACAUCCGAUCCAUUCCACCGUGUUUCAUGUCACAUGUUGAAAUCAUGCAACAGCUCAUGUAUAUGUGAUGUCAAUCUGUGGCUCUCUUCUGAAACACUAUGGAGACAGACUGCCUCAGCAUGCCCUAUUAUUCUGCUGACAUCUGAUUAAAUAUCCCAUUAGCUCCAGUUACAUUAUUAUACUUGUCAAUUGUUUAUCAAAGACGGCAGUGACAGAGUCAGCCAAACACGCUGAUUCUGACUUUUGACAGCAGAUGGUAACAAGCCGAUUAGACAUUGAUAAUCUUUCCAGUGGUGCUGAGAGUCUCUGACAUUUGUUUGUAUCUCACAAACUCUCAGGCACCUUAGGAAAUUACCCAAACUGCCUCAUAUAGUGAAUGAAUUAAAAGUAUUUAUGAGCAUAAUGGUUUUUUCUGCUUUAAUUCCUGCAAUCUGCCAGAGAGCUGCUUUUAUCUCGGGUUUCUUUUUAUUUGAUUCUCCUCAGUUGUGCAGAAAGAGAUUAUUGUUGAGAUCACCAGAAGUAGAUGGUAAUAUUCACUGUUCACUGGUUGGUUGAAGAAAAUAACUGGGAACAUUUCACGUUUCCUAACUGAUGCCUAAUUAUCCCAGUCCCCAUCCAGCUACUCUGGAGUCAAAUCAAAUGGAAUACAAUCUGUAUAUCUGGCUGAAAAAAAACGACUUCACCAGAUCCUUUCUGUAACCAACUCCCUGCAUGAGAGUUUGUUUAUUGUGUGGUGAGAUACACUCAUACAGGAAUAGACUGAGACUUUGCGAAACACAUUUCAUAUCAACACAACUGUCAUGUCUAUGCAACACAUGCAGAGCUAGAAUCUGGAGCACAUUAGCCUAGCUUAGCACAAGGGCUGGAAGCAUGAGGAAAUAAGUAGCCUGGCUCUGUCCGACACAACAUCUCCGAGGCUCACAAAGGGCCAUGCUGUGUGUUGUUUGUUUUAUCAAUACACAAACCAACUGGAAGGAAUUCCAUAUAAGUUUCUCCAAAAUUACACUAUCACUUUUACAGUGGUGUUUGUUUACCUUUUAAAUAAACAAGUGUUAUUUACUGAGCUUUAGAUGUGUUGGUAUUUGGAUUUUGGAACUAUGGAGAGAGCUACUCUAGCUGUUUCCCUCUUUUCUUAUGCUAAGCUAGGCUAAUCACCUGGAUAUUGUUUUAUACACAGAGAUUGGCUGUCAUUGAUCAUCAUAAGCAUAAACCCAAAAACAUCAAACCACUCGUUUCCUAAGACAUCAUCUGUGUUGUGGUGUAGGUGUCAACAUCACAUGCUGGGGAUACAGAAGAGAAAUCUCUAAUUAUCUGAUUAAUAGCCAACCAAUAGUGUCUCCUUUUGAUUUUAUGGUCAACAUGACACUUUCAAAGACAGAAGUUGAAUUUGAACCUUUCCACUCUACUGAGGUUACUGUGACAUAUAUUUUGUAAAUGCAAUAUUAUUCCCCUCCUGGGACCCAACAGUGUUAAAUCUCGAGAGAUUAAGAAUGACCCGAGUAAAACCAAACCACGCAGCAUUAAGUUUUAAAAGAAACUAUUGUUGAUUCUGAGCACUUUCCAUGUUUUCAGUCAUUCUGUUCGCCGCAGUGAGAUAAUGGGUUUUGUCACAGUGUAUCUUUAAAGGUGCAACAUGUAGCGGUUUAUAAACUCAGCACUUCUCCACCAUCAGUGGCUCUUAGCGCUUCAUUUUCUUAAAACUAAAAGACACCUUCCAACCUUUGUUGAUUCCUGCCACAAGUCACGUUACAAUCCCGCCUGCCUGCUCCUCUGCAGCUUGAUUUGUGCAACACAUCAGAUUUACCAGCAGACAGUGUUUUAGUGAUGAUCGACUUUGUUCAAUGUGUUUUCACAACAACAUCAAAACUCACGUGGUAUUUAUCGAUGUGAAAACAGACGGCACCUUUUAAGUGUUGAGAUCACUGUGGUGAGAUCCAUAUUAGGAGAUCCAGACGUCGGGGGUUUGAGUCUGGCUGUAACACGGUGCCUCCGUCUGACCCGGCUGACAAACCCCCGUCUGACGAUCUGAUGCACGUCACUGGCUGAGGGCAGAAGUGUAACAAUCCCCACAAAAAGUCACAUCCGAGGACACAACUGUCCUACAUGGGUUGAACUGUAUUGGAAAUGUGUUGCACAACUUCAGCUGUUUCUUCUGUUUCUAUCUGUGCUAUCUUUUGGCCUUUUAUAUGGUUCUUUUUAUAAUGAAGUUGUUCUAUGUGAUGAUCAGAAGUUGUGAUGCAGUUCCAUUGUUUUUCAAUAUUUAAUGUCUCUGAAAUAUGGAUUAAAAUCUGUUUGAACCAGU